AUGAUAGAAUACGAGCGAAUUGAAUUUAAACAAUUAAAAGAAUCUCCUUUAGGAGAGUGUAUUGAUCUUGCUUCUUCUGCUCUCGGCUCUACUAUUGUUGCCGUUACUGAUGAAUUCUUUGCUCCUGCUAUAAAUAUGAUUAAUCCUCUUCCUCCAAUUCAUGCUCCUGGUAAAUUUGUUGAAACAGGUGCAUGGAUGGAUGGCUGGGAAACUAGACGCCAUAACCCUAAUCAUGACUGGGCAAUUAUCAAACUUGGAUUUCCAGGCUCUUUUAGGGGAUUCGAUAUUGAUACAAGCUAUUUUACAGGCAAUCAAGCACCUUUUGUAUCUGUAGAAGGUACUGUUAUCUCAAAUAAUGAUAAGAAGGAGAUACAAGCAAUAACAGAAAUUCAAUGGACGGAGAUUUUACCAAAAGUUGAAUUACUUGCAUCUCAACAUAACCUUUUUAUCUUAAAAAAGGAAUCUACUGUCUAUACUCACCUUCGUCUUCAUAAUAUUCCAGAUGGUGGUAUUGCUCGUUUCCGUGCUUAUGGUUUUAUCUUUCCUAUUUGGCCCAAGGAUAUAAAUGCAGUGAUUGACCUUGCUUUCUGUGGUAAUGGAGGUCGUGUAGUUAAAGUGUCGGAUCAACAUUAUACGCCAGGUUCAAAUAUAUUGCUACCAGGUCGCGGUAAAAAUAUGGGUGACGGAUGGGAGACAAAACGUUCACGUACGCCAGAUCAUACGGAUUAUGCCAUCGUUCGAUUGGGUUCUAAGGGUCACUUAUUAAAAGCAGUGGUCGAUACUUUACAUUUUUGUGGUAAUUACCCUAAUAAAAUUAGCCUGAAAGUCAUUCUAUCAGAGCAUGAUAAAGUGCCUCCUCAUAAAGACGAUGAUCAUACUGAAUGGACUACAUUGAUCGAGUCUGCUUCAAUUGGGCCUAACGGCUUAUUUUCUUUUGAUCUUCCUCAAGCUAAUAAAACGUUUAGUCAUGCAAAAAUCAUUCUUAUUCCUGAUGGUGGAAUUAAGCGUCUUCGUCUUUAUGGUGUACGUGAAGGUGCUCUCAUUCCUUCUCUUCUUCCUAUUGAUAAUUUAAUUAUUCAAUAA